ACCUAACUAUCAGUUCACAUUUAUGCUUACUAAUAUUGUUUUGUUUUAAUGAAGUGCUAAAUUCAAGUUUCAAUGCAGAUAUAUAUAUAUAUAUGUAUAUAUAAAGAGUAAAUGGUUAUUAAUAUACUUUUGUUGAGAACAGUUUAAUAUGUACAUUGGGUUCAUAUAAAGAAUUUAAACGUUUCCACUUUACUUUUAACAUUCAAUCUCAACUAUGACAUAAAAUCAUAUUUAGAAAAGAAAAAUAAUAUAUUCAAUCAUUAAUAUUCCGGUACUUAAAGUAUAUGCUAGAAAGAAAUUAUGUACAUUAUGUUGAAAUUCGUUCCAAAACAACAAAAAGAAAAGAAAACAAAACAGCGGCUAACUUUUAUAUUUCGAUUAUACUGUGAUUAAAUAAUAAGAAAACUAAUUUCAAAUGUCUAAUGCAUAUAUUACAUAUAAAAAUGUAAAUAUGGAUGAACUGAAAAAACGUAUUCUCUUAGAUAUUAUUUUAGAUUCAUCUAUUCUACCGGUAUGUUUUAGUGGACAAUUAAUUCAUGGUUAUGUUUAUCUAGAGACUAAAGAAGCUUUAAGUAUACAAAUUUUGCAAGUGGAACUGCUUGGAAGAGGAGUUGUUGUCACACCUUACAAGAAGAUAUUCUCUUCUAAACAUUUCAUAAAGGGUUGGACAAAAGAGAGAAAAUCAUUACAACAAAACUUUCCGUCUUAUCAAGGCGUAGGUUGUGUUAUAUCGGGUAUAAAUGGACCAGUAGAUCCUGAAAUAUUACAAACACGUUUAAAAUGUAAAUCUAUGAAAGGAUUCAAUAAACUUGUACCGACAUUUCAAACUGUUAACGAAGAAAUUUACUGUUCUAUGAAUUCAACUUUAAUUGGAGGAGGUAUCCCUGGAAGUUGUGAACUUAUUUUAGCUGGUAAACGAUACUUUCCUUUUGAAUUUGAAUUACCUGAAGCUUGUCCAUGUUCAUUUGUUGGUUCAAGAGGUAGUAUUGAAUACAGGCUAAGAGUUUAUCUAUUACUAUCGAAUGGGGAACAAUUAUGUGCGGAUAAAGGAUUAAAAGUUUUACGUAAAACGAUCAUUAACAAAAUGAUGGUGAUUCCAAGUACAUUGGCUUGUCCUCCAAUUACCAGAAAUUAUGUGAGCAGUUUUGAUCAAUUCAUAUCAUCUAGUAGCAACACAGUGAAAUUUAUAAACUUAUCAAGAACAUGUUCACGAUUAUCAAAUUUAUGUAAAAAUGAAACGGAAAAUAUUCUAGAUGAGUAUGAUAACAGUAGUGAAAAACUAAUUGAGAAAAAUUCAGUGUUCGAUUCCACUUUCACAAAUGAUUACAUACCAGAUCAUUUAUCAUCGUUAGGUCAGAGUGCUUAUUCUAACACUGAUCUAGAUGAUACGACUAAAUUAACUAAAUAUUCGUUGAGUUCUUGUUUAAAUGAUUCUCAUCAAAGUAAUCCAUAUUUAAAUUCUAUGCAAUCAACAGAAGAUGAGAACCAAUAUCCAAAUAGUGAAAAUGAUCGAAAUAACAAUAGCAUGCAAUCAAUAUGUAAACCCCAUUUUAACCGUGCUACGAAAAUGAAAAAGGCACUAUAUAAUUCAUUAAGUAAAACAACACUAACUGUACAACGAUGCAGUGAUAAUCCAUAUCCAUUACCUUCUACAUGGAUUUCUCAAUCAUACGGUUCAUCUUAUGCAAUAUAUCCACGUACAUGUCUUGGUGCUCAAACAGGAUAUCCAAUUUCUUGCAGAUUAACUGUCAGUCAACGUCAACUUAAUCCAGGCAGUCGAUUGACAGCAUGUUUAAGUUUACUAGUGGAAGAUCCGUUUGCUCUUCUGAUAGCUCCAUCACUCAAUGGUAUGUCGAGUGAUUUGAAUUGGUGUGCAAAAUUUAAUACAAAUAUUAGUUCAUGCAAAAAAGACUUAUGGAGUCCAUUGGCAAGAGCAUUUGUUUCAUAUUAUUUAGAAGAUUGUAUACGACAAAAAUUUAGUAACGAGAGUCAACAACUUAAUGGUAUAUGGUGGUCAGGAUAUGUUAAACAACGACACAGAAUAUUUUUAGUACUACGCCAGGUAAUAACUUAUCGAGACUGGACUCACCGUGUUAUUGCUCAAGAGGAGAGAGAUGUUUACAGUGGCGAAAUGAGAAAGCGUCCUACGUCUGAAAAACACUUAUUACGAGUUGCAUUAGAGCAUACAUUUCACUUACCUUCGUUACCGCCAACUGGUUUAGAAGGUUGUUCAUGUAUAGACAUUGCAUACAGUCUAGGACUGGUUAGUUUCAAACUGAAAAAAUUAAAGCAUCCAUUGAAGGUCACUAAAUGGAUUUUAGAGAGUGAUAUUGCUUCAGUUAAACCAGAUAAAUUUAUGGAAUUUGUUUAUAUGCAUGAAACAGGUAGCAGUAGCAAUGGUACAUAUGAAUUAAUGUCGAAGAAACCUCAAAUUAUUACAUUUCAACAGUGCAAACGAGGUAAAGAGAAGGAGUUUAAACGGUUUGCUCGUAUUCAUCACGAUCUUUUACUACCCAUUCCGAUUAUUAUUGGAACAAAUGAUCGACAAAUAGAGUCUUACAAUCAAAUGGAAUCACAACAAACUGAAUGUCCGUUAAUGAGUUCAGUAUUUUUCAUGCAAUGGCCAAACAGUUUUCAAAUUGGAAGUUUACCACCGAUAUAUCAGUGUUCAACAGAUUAUUCUGAAACUUAUCAAGAUGGUAGCAUUCACACUGGUUAUGUAAGUCAGUUAUCAAAUACAAUCCAAGCACAAUCACGAAAUGAAACCAUAAAACUGCGAAAAAGCAAUACCAUAAGUUUCUCGGAUGAGAAACAAAUAAUCUACGAUGAAGAUGAUGACAGCGUUGAAAAUUCUUCAGUCGUCAAUAAAGCGCACACUUCUUGUACAAUUUAUAGACCUACAGAAAAGUAUAACACAAAAGAUAGUAAUUCAAGAAUAAAUCUUUAUCCAAGGAUCAUUUAGAAUGGAGAAAAUUAAUUAGAUCAUAAGUCUACUUGAAAUCAUCCAAACAGAUACAAUCAGUACAAACAGACAGGAUAAGAAAAGUGCAUUGAAGAAUCAUUCAUUCCUUUAAUUUAUAUGUGCAAUAUAUGCUCUAAAUCAAUGUUUAAACCACAUUGGUGAUUUUCAGCUAAACAAAAUCUCAUGUCAUUAAAUUAUUACUUUUAUUUUAGAAAACCUGUCACCUUAUACAUGUUUAUAUUCCUUCAAAAAGACCACUUUUUGUUAAACAAUUAGUUACUAUAUAUUUCCAAACUUUUUAUGUUAUUUUCAGUAUUCUUUAAAAAAUCUGAUCCAUUUUGAUCUCCAAGAUCAUUUUAGUAGAUAUCAACAAAUAAGAGUGUAGAUCAGAUAUCUAAUGGCAAAUGUUACUUACUUCAGAUAAACAAAUUCAAACAAGUUGGUUUCUGAUUUGUAAAUUUGGUUGACGUAUGCUUUACUAUGUGUGUUCUGUUCAACUUAAUCAAAAUUCAAACUUUAUUUAACUUCAGGCUGAUGUGUUUAAAUAUUUCUAUCUUAUGCCGAUCUAUCGAAUAAAUAUUAGCAUCAAAAGACCUAACCAAAUUUGUGAGCAGAUAAUCUUCUUCCUUUAUUACUUCGGAUAAAUCCACCAAAUCUAACUAUUCUACUGUAGAUUCAUUUCAGACAUUUUAAUAUUUUUAAAAAGUAUCAACAAGCUGUCCAUUGAAUCAAUUUGACAAUAGCGGCUGUUUAAUUCUGUUGUUUAAAGUAAUAACAAGUAUUUAAAUGUGUGACAAACGUCAGUGACCAAUUAAUGAAUUAACACUUAUUACCUGAAUAAUCUUGGGUUAUUCGAAAUAAUAAGCCCCCUAUCAAACAUUAUUCGAAACACUAAAAUCAAAUUAUUAGUCAGCUUGUUAACAUACAGAAGGUUGAGCUAAAACUAUACAUAUAAGUAUUCAUCAAAUGCAAUUUCCAUAUAGUCGUUUAGAUUCAAAACUGCUUCCUUAAUUUAAUAUAAGUAUAUUUAAUUCGUAUUCAUCUUUCUUGGGUUGCAAUUAUAUGCAAACAGUUAGUUUUGUAUAUUUUUUGUUAGUCAAACAAUGUAUAACAAGUUCUAUGAAAUGAUUUUUGGGAAAAAAAUAGUCUGGUAAUUGAGAUUCAGAUCCGUUUUUUUAAGUAAACACUCACAAAUUAAUUACUAUUGGCAGCAAUCGAACUAUAAUGAUUCUGACAAAUGAUGGUGGAUAUUCUACAAGUAUUACACAACCACUAAUAUUCAGACAAUUACUAUGUAUAUUGGUAUUGAAUUCAAAAGUCCAAAUACUUUGAAAACUUCAGAUUUGCUCUUUUUGUUUAUUGCU